AAAGGGAUUUCCAGUGCCAUCAAACUCAACAUCACGUGUGAUAGCUUCCUUACACUCUUCGUGGAUGGAAACCUCGUGGGUGAAGGUGAUGCAAACGUCAAAAACAAAAGUUUUCUUCAAUACGAACUAGCACCAGGGAGUCAAGUGGUAGCUCUCAAAUGCAAAGGAAAUCCUCAGCCUUGGCAAGGAGGAAUUCUGGGAUCGUUUGAAAACGGAUUAGUUACCGACACACUAUGGAAAUGUGUGACGUCAGCUACCUUGGGGUGGAAUAUGAGGACUUAUGAAGAUGAUAACUGGCCAAUGGCGACAUCAGUUGGGCCAAAUGAUGACAAUACAUUUCCUUGGGGAAAGUUCAGCAGCAUCGACAGCAGUGCAAGCUGGAUUUGGACAAAGGACAACGUAGAAGAUACCGAGGUGUAUUGUCGACGUCAUCUCGUAUCUCCCUGUAGCCAGGGUAAGCAUUUAGUUCCAUUUACCGCAUUCAUCACAAUUUUCUACUUUCUACCGGAUCACAGCUCCUGAUAACAGAAAUGACAUCAAAAACUCGAAAUGGAAACACAAGCCCCAUGCCAGCACAAUAACCGCAUAGUUUUAAAAAUUCCCGCCACUUCCGUUGUUUAAUUUACUCAUUCUAUAGACUAUGGCUAUCUACCAAUGACUUCGGGCGAAUAUUUAAUCAAAGUUAUUGUAAAAUGCUCCGGAUCCACUAAUAAUGGUGAAUCUCUGUUCAUAUUUUGCCUCCCCCACCCUUCUAGUAGGGCCCUUUUUCGCUUCAUCCCAUAAAAAGACAAACAGGACAUUAAAUACCAAAAUGUUUACUAAUAACAAAAUUUCAACCUCAAAUAUGAUAAGCAGUUAGUUUCAAAACUACUUUUUUAAAUCUCUGAAUUUUCAGUAAAAUCCAAGACUGCGACUAAGAUGGCGGCUAUUUGGAAUGAGAUUACUCUCCCUUAGCAGUGCCAUAGCCCAUAAUAUUUUUGUCUUUUUGUAGGGGUCACCACAGGCUAAGCUUUACAGAGCAUUUCUAUAACAGAGCAAAAUCAAGGAAAAGAUAGGUCUAACCGCCUUUUCCUUGUGAUAUAAAGAGUAGCGCAAAUCGCGCAGCUCAAGUAAUUGACUUCCAACUCGAACCUCGCGCCAACUCGAACCAAAAUCAAUUUCCCCUAGAUUUCCUUCAUACAUUUACUGUAAUUUUACCCUCGGUAACCUGAACCUCCGCUAACUCGAAGUAAUUUUUGUUUCUGUCCACAUCGUUUCUAUAUAAUUUUGACCUCGAUAACUCGAACCAUGUUUUAUGCGCGUGACAGGUCGGGGGAAAAAACAGAGUACUGAAGUCCUUGAAGUGAAGAGUGCUUGAUACUUGCAUUCCUCCCCAUCCACCUACUUAUCUCCGGUUAUUUGCUUCGAACUUCCGAUAACUCGAACUUUUUUCGAUUUCCCUCAAAGGUUUGAGUUAUCGGGAGUCGACUGUAGUAUCUUUAAAAAUUUAGUGUUUAUAUAAACUUGGAUUAUACCUUAAUCAGUGUCAUUAGUCAUAUUUUUUUAGUCCUGACUACGGCCAGAAUCCUUUUCGUCUUUCCUUUCAUAUUUAAAUUUAGCAAUUCUAAAGCCCUAAUUCACACAUGAAAGCAAAACCCUGGAGUAUUCUGGUCGUAGUGGUAAAAUAACGUCAUCGAGCAAAUGGCCUUUUCUUGUCAUUAAUGCUUGCAGUUUUUAUGAAAGACCAUUUCUCCCUCUGAUCACAGAUUGGUUUGUUUUGUUUUUGUCAACAGAUAAAUCCGCCUUCUAUAACUCUUGGGUGACAAGUAAGGACAUAGCAGUAGAAGGCUUUCUGCUUCUUAAAACAAAAGUGACCAGCAAAAUACAAUGCGGGCUCAAGUGCAGUCAACACAAGACAUGCUUGUCAUUUUCAAUGCAAUACACGAAAAGCCCAGGAAAAAGGAUUUGCGAACUCAAUACAGUAUCAGCGAAAAGUCAUCCUCAUAGUAUUGUCAAAAGGAUAGGCUUUCAAUAUUACGAACGUGUCCAGAUAUUUUUUUAG